UCUCAGCAUCUCAGUACAUUGAGAGAAUCACCGAGAGCCUCCAAGUCAGUCAUUCAUUCAUUCAGCAGCGGAGACACGAAAACAACUAUCGGUAGCGAACAACGAUCUUUUAAACUUAAGAGGAAACUCCUCCAAACAUUUAUCUUACAUGAUAGCUACCUUUAAAUCCAAGUUUACGUCGCGGAUGCGUUGUCAUCCAGGGGUGGAGCCGCGGCGCCGUGCCUGUGGAGGGUCUCCGGCGGUGUGACAAGAAGGUGAAGGAUCAGCCAGGGUGGCCGGAGCAGUCAGGAGGAUGCUGGAGGGCAAUGCCUGCAGAAAGAGAGGAUGAGAUUUGUCGAAAGGCGCUCGAAUUGCUCUCCGACCUGUGCUCGAAGGGAGAAGUGCAGGACGACAACUGCUUAGAUUUUAUCUACUACUUCAGGGACCUGGCCAGACCCCGUUACUCCGACUCCGAUGUAUCGGUGAGCCUGUUGUCCCUGCUGGUGACCACAUGUGGUCUGGCCUUAUUCAGCGUCUCCCUAUUUGUAUCAUGGAAACUUUGCUGGGCACCCUUGAGUGGCCGAUUCCUCCCAGAUGUCCUAAAGGGGGCACAUUUUCUGGGAGGGGACCAAGAGCCUGUCCUAACAGAGGUGGAUGGGGAUGACCGGGAGUACAGCGAAGAUGGCUGCACAAAGGAGCCCACAGGCCCCCCAAUGGCCGUGGCUGUCCCAGAGUCGGGUCUUAAGAUCAGCCACACAUCACCUGACAUUCCUCUGGAGACUCAGACCAAAGUGGACCACAUCCAAACCCACACUUUGGCCAGGGACAGAGUGCAAAGACAAAUUACCGAGCCCACCUCGUCAGUACGCCACAACUCCAUCCGUCGUCAAAUGAACCUGUCCAAUCCAGAUUUCAAUCCUGCUCAAUUCCAGCGCCAGGAGAGUCUAACUGGUUUAGGUCGGCUCAAACCUGAGCUUUACAAGCAACGCUCAGUAGAUCCAGACGACGGACGUAGACCGGAUAGCUGUGGACGUCUCCAUUUCAUCCUUAAGUUUGACUUCGAUCUGGAGCAGCUGAUAGUGAAGAUUCAUAAGGCUCAAGAUCUACCUGCCAAGGACUUCUCAGGGACUUCUGAUCCUUACGUCAAGAUUUACCUGCUGCCUGACCGUAAAACCAAGCACCAGACUAAGGUGCACCGAAAAACUCUCAACCCGAUAUUUGAUGAGGUGUUUCUAUUUCCAGUGGCGUACACCGAGUUGUCUGGUCGUAAACUGCACUUUAGUGUCUAUGACUUUGAUAGGUUCACUCGUCAUGAUUUGAUCGGUCAAGUGGUGGUGGACAAUUUCCUGGAUCUUGCAGACUUCCCACGAGAGACCAAAUUGUGCCGGGACAUACAAUAUGUGACAUCGGACAAUGUGGACCUGGGGGAGCUGAUGUUCUCAUUGUGCUAUCUCCCCACGGCUGGCAGGCUCACCAUCACUAUGAUCAAAGCCAGAAAUCUCAAAGCCAUGGACAUCACUGGAGCUUCAGAUCCAUAUGUAAAGGUGUCGCUGAUGUGUGAGGGCCGACGGCUAAAGAAGAGGAAGACAUCCACCAAGCGCAACACUCUCAACCCAGUUUACAAUGAAGCCAUUGUGUUUGAUGUUCCCCCGGAAAACAUCGAGCAAAUCAGUUUACUAAUAGCGGUCAUGGAUUAUGAUCGGGUUGGACAUAACGAAGUCAUCGGAGUGUGCAGGGUGGGCAGUGAGGCUGAUACUCUGGGAAGAGACCACUGGAGUGAGAUGUUGACAUAUCCACGCAAGCCUGUGGCACACUGGCACCCGCUAAUAGAGUGGGUAGGACAAGGGGCAGCAGGGAGUGGAAGUCAAGGAGGAUCCACCAAUUCCUUAAAGGCACCACCCUCACCGUGAUCACACAAACACACACACAUACACACACAUCCAAACUAAACCUAGGAGUCAAAUACUAAAAACCCUGCGUCUUACUUCACACCUAAAAACUUACAUUCCAACUGAAGCGCUGCAGUAUCUUGUUAUUUAGCUGUUAACUAAAUUACCUGUUAAUUAUGCUUUUUGUGGAAACUGUAACUUUAAAUAUUUGUCAGUGAAGAGGUGUUCUACGAUAUUUUCUCUAGAGUUUCAUUAGUUUGGAUUUCUGAGCUACUUUCUUACAGUAUAUGCCUCCUGUAAAUAUAUAAAUAUCAUAUCUGUUGUAUUUGCUUCAAGUAUAUGUACAGAGACUAACGCAAAGCAAAUGACCUUGUUUUUAACCGCAUGUUUAAGUAACCAUUUUUCAUGGGGUGUGGUCCAAAUAUUAGAUCAUGAAAAAUGUCAGUGACCGUUAAGCCUGGUGUGUUUUUCAGAGAAUUGAUCCUUGUUCUGUGUGUAUCUAUGGUGGCUGGUUAUAUUCCUUAUGUGUUUUAUUUUGCUUGAGGGCAGAUUAGCAUCCUAAUUUAGGAAAAAUGUACCGAAU